AUGGGAUAUCGUGUUAUUGAUACAGCUAGUUCCAAACGAUUCCAUCGAGAGAAAGAAGACGGUAACGCCAUAUCCAGAUUUUUAGCGAAUAAUGAAAAUAUCGCAUGUCGUGAGGCACUCUUCGUUGUCUCCAAAUUCGCAACUCCGUCCGAUCAUGAGAAGCCGUUGCCAUACGAAGUCGCCGACGAUAUACCAAGCCGCAUCUUAAGGAGCGUGCUUUGUAGUGCGAACAAUCUACAUAUAGAUGUGAUAGACGCCUAUUUUCUUCAUACUCCUCUACGAACGCAUACAGAUACCUUAACAGCAUGGCGAGCCCUAGAGCGCCUUGUGAAGCAGGGUGGGGUCCGUUAUUUGGGUAUAUCCAACGUGAGCUACGUGCAGCUCAAACAGCUCUACAACGCAGCCGAGAUCAAACCAACAUUCGUGCAAAAUUGGUUUCGGAAGGAAAGCCAGUACGACGGCAAAGUAAUGGCGUUUUGCAGAGACAAUGACAUCGUCUAUCAGAUAUUUGGCUUGUUUGACAAAGCCAACGAGGAGCUUCUCCAAAGUGAGCCUGUCCAGCGGCGCGCGCAAGAGAAAUCCCUUAGUUUACACCAAGCCCUGUUGCAGAUGCUUGUUGGAGGCGCAGCGCACCAUGGGCUUCGACUAGGUUUCUUGGAUGGAUCAACGAACCUACAGCAUAUGCGUGAUAACCUGUCCGCCGUGAGGCAGAAGCUCGACGACUUGGAGAUACAAGAUCUUGAAAUGUUUUGGCAGCUUAUUGGUUGGUCUAAGUCAUAUUGA